AUGGGCAGUGUUUCUUCACAGACAACAUAGGAUGAGAAUGGCAAUUUGAGUAGUCUACCUAUGCAUUUGAGAAAAAUGGAACUAAAAUUUGACAUCUCAAGAGAUGUGGAUCCAGCAUUGAAAUAGUUGCUUUAUUGGUCAUUAACUGAAAUUCGAGCUGUAUAUGAAUAGUUUUAACGUAGAACUUCAAUUCCUUUUAUUGAUAAGAGUUUAUUCUGUAAAAUAGUUCCAUUUUCUCGUCCGAAUGCAGGAUAUAUAUUUGAUAAUUUUUGCAGGAAAUCGAAACUCUUAUCAAUUUAUGAGCUCAUUUGCGUUUUAACAAUUUGUUCAUAUACUUAGCAUAUUCAUAAAAUUCAUUUUUUAUAUAUUGUUUUCGAUUUAGAUUGUAAUGGGAACAUAAGUUUAAAUGAACUCCUCAUAAUUAUUAAAUCGAUAAUAAUAGGAUAUUGUAAAUUAACAAAUGCUGAAUUACCUCCAUAUGUUCAAUUAGAGAAGUUUGCAAAACUGAUGUUUUUGAAAAGCGACAUUCAAGUUGAUAAUUAAUUGGAAUUAAGCGAAAUUAUUGAGUGGUUGGAGAAGGAGAAUGAUAUAGGCAAAGAUUUAUUCACAUUGUAUGAACCAAAAUAGAAAGUGCAAGAGCCUUUUGAGGUGUUUAAAUCAUUUAAGCCUUACAGUGAGUAAGAGGCUGCAGACAUGUUAGAAAUGAUAACGAAAGCAAAUAAGAACGAGUACUUUAUGAAAAGUCUAAAUGAUAAAUUAACUUAAAGAUAAUAAGAAAGUUAUAAGGCUACAACAAAAAGUGUUCGUCAACUUUAAAUCAGAUCGAAAUAGUUUGGUUCUAAUGGUUCUUUACCUAAGAUUUCAUAAAUGAAACCUUCAAUAUUGGAUGAUGAAGUUGAUGAAUUAUAACUCUUAGAAAAGGCAAUAGGAGAUCAUUCUAGAAAGAUAUAAAGAUAUGAUUCUCCGACUAUCAGAUUUGUCACUUAGCGUGAUGGCACUUCCAGAAGGGUAAUAGUGCCUACUAAGAUAAUGAAGAAUAUCAUCAUUACUAAAGGGUGUACUCUUACUAGAAAUGAGAUCUUCAAAUUGAAAAGUUAUUUUGAUAGUCUUUCUGAUAAAAAUUAGGUUAUAUAAGUAAAGGAAUUUACUAAGUCUUUUCAGAACAAGCCACAUAUGAAAAGAGUGACAGCAAGCUUAUAUAAUUACUUAGAUUCAAAAUAAAAAGGGUUUGUUACUUUUGAUUAACUAAUGUUGAAAUUGUAUCCUUCACUCACUUAGGAGUAAUUAAAAAUCAUGAAUUAAUGGAUUCAAUAAUACAACGAGGUUUUUGCUAAAAGUUCAAAAGAGAGUUUAGAAAUGGAGUUUCUGAGAGUAGAAAAACAACCAAAUAAAAGAAAAAGGAUUCUUCCAAAACAAAGUAUGAUUAGAGUUAAAUAAUUAUUUAAUUUAAUCGAUUAGGAUGGAAAAGGAUAUAUAUCUAUAGAGGAUAUGAAGAAGACCUUCACUUAUGGAUUUACAGAGAGGGAAGUUGAGAAUCUGUUUUAAUAGUAUGAUAUUGAUCGAGAUGGUAAACUCAAUAUGGAGGAUUUAGUUAGAAUUAUUUUACCUCCUGAUUAUGAAAUAGAGUAAGAGACAGAAGAAAAUUCUUGA